AUGAGAACCGAGACCAAUUCCAGCGCCAUAAUCGUUAUCAAGCCAUGCGGAGCCUGUAGAUACUUGCGAAAGAAAUGCCUCGACAAUUGCAUAUUCGCACCUUACUUUGAUUCCGAUAAAGGAACCGCCAAUUUCGCAUCGAUUCAUAAUAUUUUUGGAGCAAGAAACGUUACAAAACUUCUAACGAAUAUUCCGAUCGACAAACGACCCGAUGCAGUUAAGACUUUAAAUUAUGAAGCUCAUGCUCGUCUCCAAGAUCCUAUACAUGGUUGCGUAUCUCAAAUCUCUGGUCUCCAAAAUCAGGUGAUCAAUCUUCAACGAGAGAUUGUGUGCUUACAAGCCCAAUUAGCCAGGCAACCGCCACCUCAACAGCCACCUCAGUCUUCUCUGUCCAUGUCGAACUACCCUUUUGGUGGUGGUUCCACCUAUGACAUGGCACCUCUCUUUGAGUUUGAUCCUAAUAUUGGAUCAUCUCAUCAGCCGGAUUAG